AUGACUGACGGUAUCGAAAAGACUCAAAUUUUACAAAAAUACUUAGAUCUAGACCAAAAGGGAAGAAUCAUCGCAGAAUACGUCUGGGUAGAUGGUACUGGUAACUUACGUUCUAAAGGUAGAACUUUAAAGACUAAAAUUACCUCGGUAGAUCAAUUGCCAGAAUGGAACUUUGACGGUUCUUCCACCAACCAAGCUCCUGGCCAUGAUUCAGAUGUUUACUUGAAACCAGUUGCUUUCUACCCUGAUCCAUUCAGAAGAGGUGACAACAUCGUCGUCUUGGCCGAAUGUUACAACAACGACGGUACUCCAAACAAGUUCAACCACAGACACGAAGCCGCUAAGUUAUUCAAAGCUCAUGACGGUGAAGAUAUCUGGUUCGGUCUAGAACAAGAAUACACUCUAUUCGACCGUUAUGACAAUGUCUACGGCUGGCCAAAGGGUGGUUUCCCAGCUCCACAAGGUCCAUACUACUGUGGUGUUGGUACUGGUAAAGUUCAUGCCAGAGAUGUCAUUGAAGCUCAUUACAGAGCCUGUUUGUACUCUGGUAUCGAAAUCACCGGUAUCAACGCUGAAGUCAUGCCUUCUCAAUGGGAAUUCCAAGUUGGUCCAUGUACUGGUAUCGAAAUGGGUGAUCAAUUAUGGAUGGCCAGAUACUUUUUGCAUAGAGUCGCUGAAGAAUUCGGCGUCAAGAUUUCUUUCCAUCCAAAGCCAUUGAAGGGUGACUGGAAUGGUGCUGGUUGUCACACCAACGUCUCCACUAGAAACAUGAGACUAGAAGGUGGUAUGAAGUACAUUGAAGAAGCUAUCGAAAGAUUAUCUAAGAGACAUGAUGAACACAUUAAAUUAUAUGGUGCUGAUAACGAACAAAGAUUAACUGGUAGACAUGAAACUGCCUCUAUGACUACAUUCUCAUCUGGUGUUGCUAACAGAGGUGCAUCUAUCAGAAUUCCAAGAUCUGUCGCCAAGGAAGGUUACGGUUACUUUGAAGAUCGUAGACCAGCUUCUAACAUUGACCCAUACUUGGUUACUGGUAUAAUAUGUGAAACUAUUUGUGGUGCCAUUGAAAACGCUGACAUGAGCAAAGAAUAUGAAAGAGAAUUGCAAUAG